UUCAAAAGUCGUCUAAAGUUCGAAAAGUAUCUCUUUCACAUGGAAUAGCGCAGCCGGCCAGAAAAAUUAGUUGAAUUGUUCAUCCAGAAUUAUUUUGUGUACUCAAUAAGUUGCUUAAACCAGUGUUCUUCUUAUAUUGUAACUGUAUCUGCUGAAGGAUUGUGGAAAAAAUGAUGCAAUUAAUCGAAAUACUCGAGAAAACUGUGUCGCCAGAUAAAAACGAACUUCUGGUGGCCAAGGAGUUUCUCGAGCAAGCAGCUAAUUCGAACCUUCCGGAAUUCCUCAAAGCCCUCUCCGAUGUCCUCAUACGCCCAGAGAAUAGUGCUGUGGCACGAAUGGCCGCUGGAUUGCAGCUGAAAAACCAUCUGACCAGCAAAGAUAAUAAGAUCAGACAGGAUUAUCAGACGCGAUGGCUUCAAUUCUCCCACGAGAUCCGGGAGUACAUAAAGAAAAAUAUUCUCUCGGCUCUGGGAACGGAAAAUUCUAGACCAUCAUCGGCAGCUCAAUGCGUGGCUUAUGUGGCGAUGGCUGAGUUGCCAAUGAAUCAAUGGGAUUACCUGAUAGUGACUCUGGUGAAUAAUGUGGUGGAUGAACAUUCCACAGAGAUGAAACGGGAGGCAUCACUGGAGACAAUUGGUUAUAUUUGUCAGGAGAUUAGUGCUGAAGUCCUUGAGAUGCAGUCUAAUCAAAUCCUAACGGCCAUUAUUCAUGGCAUGCGUAAGGCUGAACCUAGCAAUCAUGUUCGUCUAGCUGCUACGAAUGCCCUUUACAACUCUCUGGAAUUCACAAGAGCCAAUUUUGACCAGACAUCUGAGCGUAAUUAUAUUAUGGAAGUGGUGUGUGAGGCAACACAGAGUCAAGAUACACAAAUUUGUGUUGCAGCACUGCAGUGCCUGGUGAAAAUUCUCUCAUUGUACUAUCACUAUAUGGAACCAUAUAUGGUUCAAGCCCUAUUUCCCAUUACCCUUGAAGCUAUGAAAUCGGACAAUGAUCAAAUUGCUCUGCAGGGUAUUGAAUUUUGGUCAAAUGUUAGUGAUGAGGAAAUUGAUUUGGCUAUUGAGAAUCAGGAAGCAAGUGAAUCAGGUUGUCCACCAUCUAGGGUAUCAAAACACUAUGCUAGGGGGGCAUUGCAGUUUUUGGCACCGGUUUUGAUGGAGAAAUUGACAAAACAGGAGGAAUUUGAUGAUGAAGAUGAUUGGAAUACAUCAAAAGCAGCUGGUGUUUGUUUGAUGUUAUUGGCUACAUGCUGUGAAAAUGACAUUGUACCCCAUGUAAUGCCAUUCAUCAAGGAGAAUAUUAAGGCGGAAAAUUGGAGAUAUCGUGAUGCUGCAUUGAUGGCAUUUGGAUCAAUUCUCAGUGGUAUUGAUGCGAAUACGUUGAAGCCACUUGUGGAACAGGCAAUGGUGACAUUGAUUGAGUCAAUGUAUGAUAGUAGUGUUGUUGUCAGGGAUACAGCUGCAUGGACUUUUGGGCGAAUUUGUGAAGUGAUACCCGAAGCGGUGAUAUCAUCGCCGCAUCUGUCGAAAUUGCUCGAGUGUCUGUUGAGGGGAUUGAAGGAGGAACCCAGGGUGGCAGCUAAUGUCUGUUGGGCGUUCACGGGAUUAUCAGAGGCAGCAUAUGAAGCUGCUCUGGCGUAUGAUAGUACCCCGAAAACUUACUGUCUCUCAGAGUAUUUUGAGUAUAUCGUUGAGUGUCUACUGACAACAACUGAUCGUCCAGAUGGCGCUCAGGCUAAUCUAAGAUCAGCAGCCUAUGAAGCCCUAAUGGAAAUGAUCAAAAAUUCCCCAUCUGAUUGCUAUAUAGUAGUCCAAAAGACGACAAUGGUGAUUUUGGAUAGAUUAAAUCGUGUCCUGGCAAUGGAAAAUCACAUUAAUGUACCGAAUGAAGCUCAUCAAAUUAGUGAUUUACAGUCCCUUCUCUGUGCCACAUUGCAGGCACUCCUGCGAAAAGUUGCUCCAGAAGAUGCACCAAAAAUUUCAGACAUUGUUAUGAAUUCCCUCCUCAAUAUGUUUGCGUCAAAUUUCGGAAAAGUUGGUAAUGUCCAGGAAGAUGCACUGAUGGCAGUAUCGACUUUGGUUGAUUUGCUAGGUGAGAAAUUCCUAACGUACAUGGAUGCUUUUAAGCCCUAUCUCUACAUGGGAUUGAAAAAUCAUCAGGAAUAUCAGGUUUGUUGUGCAGCAGUUGGACUCACCGGUGACAUUUGUCGUGGACUCAAACUCAAAGUUUUGCCAUAUUGUGACGAAAUAAUGACCCUCCUGAUGGAAAAUCUCAGCAAUGUCACCCUCCAUCAAAGUGUAAAACCACAAAUCCUGUCAGUUUUUGGUGAUAUUGCCAUAAGUAUUGGGCCAGAAUUUAAGAAAUAUCUAGAACUUGUUCUGCAAAUGUUGAUGCAUGCAUCACUCGUGCAAGUGGACAAAAAUGAUUUGGACAUGGUGGAAUAUCUCAAUGAACUGAGAGAAAGUGUCCUAGAGGCAUACACGGGCAUUAUACAGGGCCUAAAAGGGACAGGAGAGAAACCAUUGCCAGAUAUAGAAUUGAUGUUGCCAUAUGUGUCGCACAUUGUCAAAUUUAUUGUGACCAUUGCACAGGAUAAGGAUUUGUCAGAGAGCAAUAUUGGUGUUAGUGCAGGACUUAUAGGGGAUUUGUGUACAGCCUUUGGACCACCAUUGCUUCAAUUGAUUGACAAUGAGACCAUUAAUAAGUUACUGGCUGAUGGCAAAAAGUCCAGGCUGCAGAGGACAAAGGCUCUGGUCAAUUGGGCUGCCAAAGAAGUUAAGAAGCUCCGAAUGAUGCAGCAACAGCAACAACAACCAAUGGUCAACAGUUGAUUAUGUCCAACCAUCAAUGACCAUGCCUAUCAUCAUUCACAAAUAAGUUACAAUUACCAACCAGUGCAGGUAACACAAUCUGAAUCAUCGAUUAUUCGAUAAAUUAAUUCACGCAACAUUAUACACUUUUCCAAUAUAUCACCUUUUAAACAAUUUCUUCCGAUAUUAACCUAUAAGAUCCAAUUAAGUAAAAGUAAUAGAGUUGAAAGAAAAAAAAAACAUUGAGAUAACAAUUAUUCAAGGAUAUCAAUUUAGUUAUUUCUUUUCUAAACAAAAGUAUGAACAUUUCUAUUGGGAUGUUAAAAUAUUUUUAGUGCGACAAAAUUUAUCGGUCAAUUUUUUUUAGGCCACAAAAAGGAAACUUUUGAAUUGAAUAGUUUAAAAGUUUUUUUUUUAAAUAAAAAAAAAGUAAUGUAAAUGACAAAAUUGAGUAAUUUCCAAUAGAAGUGUACCUGCUUGAUUGAUUCAUUUUAUUAUUAGUAUUUUUCAUUUUUUUUUAAACAUAUUCAUAAAAAAUACAAAUUUACCAUUAAAAUGGGAUAAAUUUCUUCUAAAUUUAAACAUUGAGAAAAAGAAAAAUCAAAUAAAAAUAAGGGAUGAGUAGUUGGGAUUAAGGUUGAAGUAGAUGAAGGUGGAGUGAAUGAGAGUGAAGAGACGGACAAAAUUAAAAAAUAGACACAUAGAAAUUACACAGAUGAAAAAUAAUAAUAAAAAAAAAUCACAGGAGAAAAUGUGGAUGGUUUUGAAUGAAUCCAUUAUGAUUGCGUUCUUGUUGACUUCAUGUGGUCGAUGAUUGUUUAUCUGUUUUAUUUUUCCCGUUUCCCCCGAUCCCAAAAAAAAACUACUGAUUGUUGUGAUUCAGAUACAAGAAUAAAAAGUGCGUUAACAUUUGAGAGUCUUUUAAGGUAGAUGGAGAAAGAGCGCGAGAGGAGAAAAUCAAAGAAAAAGACGAAUUUGGUGAAAGAAAUUUUUGAUUACAAAGAAAAUGUGAAAAAAAAGAAAAAUAAAUUGAGGAAGGACAAUUUUUUAGGUGAAGUGAAAGAGAGAGAAAGAGUCCAAUGUGAAUAAAAAGUGAAGAAUAACUUGGUCUGAUUUGCGUGAUUCUGAGCAAUAUAAGGUAUUACAGAGACUUGAGAUAGUGAGAAAGUAAUUACUAGUUUCUAGAUGUAGAACUUAAUGAUGAAAUAUCAAUUUGUGAGUGCCUCUAUUUUGUCUGAGAACUUAAUUCGACGUAGGGAAAAGAUGGUGUGUAGUAAGCAAAGACGAACAAAAGAUCUAUAGUGUCGACCAAAAGUUUCUUGACAAACCUAUGUUCGAAAAACCUGAUGGAAAAAAAUGAUAGAAAAAAUAUAACUUUUUGAAAUUUUUCUUUUUGCAAAUGAGUUGCUUGUAAUAGAGAUGCAUAUAAUGUGAUUAUCAACCCCUCUGAGUCGAAAUUCUGAGAUUCUGGUUUCGGAAUCGAAACUCUGAGACCUCUGAGUAUUCGUGUCCGGUUACACAUUUCUUGGGAUCCACGCAUUGAUGAGAUGCAGUCCUGGAAAGCUCACACUGAAAAUUUAGCAAACGCGCUCCUACCAUUAAUAAGUCGUUCUUAUCGCAUUGCCCGUCUUAGUCCAGUAAAUGUGUUGCGGGCUAUGUAUUUUUCCUGAGUGGAAUCCAAGUUGCUCUAUACUGAGAAAAAAUAGGCAGCGAUACCCUUUUUUCCCCAUAACUUUAACAUUUUUUAGGUGUAAAAAUAUACCAACAUUUUUUAGUGUUAAUUUUACACCUUUUCAAGGGUAAAUUUAACAUGAAAAAGGGUAACUUUAACCCAUAAUAAUAAUGCCGGCACAUCAUUCCAUGAAGGAGCAAGGCCUUCCCGCAAGGGGAUUUCUAGACAUGCAUUAUUAUUUUUUCUUGUACAGGAUGAGGUUGUCAGUCCCAUGCCUUGUCGAAUCAAGUGCAUUGAAGCUCACUAGAUGCAAUUCGAACACCCUUAACGCCAGAAAAAUUCCUGGUGACCAAAAGGGGAUUCGAACCCGGGACACUUGCAUCAUAGAACGAGUGCUCUAACACUUGUAUAUGUCUACGGUUCCAUUUGAUACCAUGCUAAGUGGUUUGCUACUUUGAGUGAUAUGUUAUUCCUGAGAUCGAAUUUUUGAAAAAAAUUUAAACAGGCGGCAUAGAAAAUCGCCAAUUUCAAAUGGCUUCCUGAAAAGUUGUCACUUGGAGAUAGCAUAGCAUCACUGAGAAGAAAAAGAGGGUACGAUUAACUUAUUUUCGUCAUAACAGUAUCAUUUUUAGGUUUAAAACUAUAUUAAUGUUUUUUCGUGUGUUAAUUUUACACCUUUUUAGGGGUCAGAAUUAAUGUCAGAAAAAUUUCUGGUGACCUAAAGGGGAUUCGAACCCGGGACACUUGCAUCAUAGAGCGAGUGUUCCACCACUUAACCCAUUGAGUACCCAAAAUACACCUAAAAAGGGUAAUAUUUACACCGAUUUCAGAUCAAUAGGAUAAGAUGGGGUAAUUCGGAAUCAUAUCUAUUUUGGAAUCUGGGGAUUUUCUCACUGUUUCUGAUGGUCAAAGAGAAAAAGAAAGUCACGAAAAAAUACAAAGCUUUACGUUUGAGAGUACUUCUUUGUUAUUUUUUCGUUUUUCCAUCUAAAACUGUUAGGAAGUCUUAAAGUUACAAAUUAGACAUGAUUCCAAAUUACCCCAUCUUACCCUACUGCAGGGUAAAAUUAACUUUUCGGGAAUGUUAUUUUGACUCUCUCGAAUUUCUCUUACUGUACGGAUUACCUUUUUGGGGAGGCACCUAUGAAACUACUCUCGCAUCUGUCAUUCGAGCUCAGAGAUUUGCCAUCCGUUUGUAUCGUUCAGAAGCAUAGAAGUGAUUCCUUGUGGCAGGGUUUCCUGGACCUCAGAUAUUCCCACUUAACUUUUAAGAAGAUGACUCUAAAGGUAUUUUUUGGGCGUAGUAGCUAUACAGUAAAAUUUUUUUGGCUGCUUUACCAUGAUUUUCAUUGUAAAUUUUACAUUGAACAUGUAAUCGUGUGUACUAAUACAUAUUUGUGUAAUUUGUACACAUUUUGUCUGAAAACUGUGUAAUUUGUACACCUUUUAUUUGAAAACUGUGUAAUUUUACACGAAAUAUGUAAGAAAAUAUACAAAACUGUGUAAUCAUUCCCAGUUGAUUACACGGGCUACAAUUACAUAAAAUUUAAAUUACACAUUUGCAGAUUACACGUUUUGUUGAAAUACAUAAUUUGUGUAAUUUUACAAGAAUAAUCGUGGUAAAAAAAGCAAACCAACGAUUAUCCUUGUAAAUUUUUUUUACUGUAUUUUAAUGUGAGGAGGUGACGUGAAUCGCGCCUGGGCCCGCUAAUUAACUUAUCUCUUCCUAGGAGUGAAUUGUUCAGACGUAGUUUCCUCUAUCAGGUGCCGGCCCUUUUCAAUGACCUUCCUAGAGAACUCCAAUCCCAUACUGCAAGCAAUUUUUCCCUCUUUUAUUUCCUGAGGACACAUUUGUGACAUACCUAUACGUCCGAGCGCCCAUAGUAUCCCAGUUGUUUGUCCCGUUGCCCCACACUUAUGCAUCCUGCCUGAGGGAUGUUUCCUAAACUCCUUUGACCAUCUGGAGUAUUUUCUGCGUGUUUGCGCCUUGUCUGUUUCCUGCUGAACCGCCGCUUUUGUGGGGUUUUUCCUAGGCCUUCUGCCUGUUUUUUACUCACUAAUGUACAGGGGCAAGCUUGUAUGAUAUAGGCCAUGAUAGCAUCCUGCUGCCAGUGUCAGCUUCAUAGAGCCUCUGUCUGGGGGCGAUAGAGCAGCUCCUGGCUGCCUGGAUCGUUGUGACGUCUUUGCCGUGGAUGAUUUGUUCCUUUCUGAUCGUCCCUGCCUACUUAAAUAAUUUCUGAUACUCCUAAUAUAAUCCUUUAUUGUCUUUUCAUCCCCAUAUAUACAUAUAUUUUAGUUUUGGCAACACGUGCCUAAAUAACAUGAAAAAAGGCAACUAUAACCCCUAAUGCACCUAAAAACAUAAUAUUUGCUCCGAUUUUGGAUCAAUACUACAGGGUAAAAUUAACAUUUCCGGAAUGUUAUUUUAACUUUUUCGGAUUUUUAUCAGUGUAUGUAUGAAUUGACUAUUGCAAACUUUAGGAAUGUGCUAAUCCACCAUUUGACUCUCAAAUGAUAUAACUCCAGAAUAUAGCACGAUUAAAAGCAGUUUUUUGUACGUAUUUGACCAUUUUGAAUAAGUUUUACAAAUGUGUCAACAAACUUUUGGCCGAUGAAAAAUGCUCAAUUUUGGGAAAACAAAUAUUUUUGACAUGAUAUAAAAUGAAUUAAAUUUUUUUUAAAUACAUAAAUAUCAUCUAUGGAUUACAAGCAACUCAUUUGCAAAUAGAAAAAUUUCAGAAAGUUAUUUUUUCUAUCAUUUUUUCACUUGGUUUUUCGAACAUAGAUUUUUCAAAUGAUUUUUGGGACGACACUGUAUAAACGUGAAAAAGAGGAGAAAAUGUAUUUUACAAAUCUUUUUUACUUCAUUCAUCUUUGUCUCAUCCCUAUCACUACUUUGUUUUUUAUUUUAAGGUUUAAAAGGGUGGGGUAAAAACAAACAUAGACUGACGACUGACGAAAUUAUAAAGAAGAAAUCCUAUUUAGAAGGAUUUUCUCAAUAUAUUAGAAUGUUAGAUGAUGACGGAGAUAAGAUCAUAAACGGUCCAAUUAAUGAAUUUUACAAUUUUCUUUAUUUCUUUUUACUAAUUUCAUUCUUUUUUAUACGAAAUAUGCUUAGAUAAAUUGAAUCGAAUUUUAUCCUCUUUCAAUCGUGUAAUUUAUUAAUUAAAAGAACAAAAAAAAAGAAACUAAAGUGUAUUACGCUUAAAAUGAAAUUCAAAGCUGUGGGCAUUGUUUAUGUGUGGCAGGAGAAGCAAAAGAAAUAAAAAAAAACCAAAAAAUGAGUAGUUCGACGAUGUAUAGAAUUAAUUUUCAUUUUUUAAGAUCUUUUUUUUUCAAUUCCAUAAGGUUAAAUAACAACGUAAUUAAUCAAAAUAAAUCUAAUAACAAUCACAUAUAGACAAUGUACAUAACAACUAAUUGAUAUAAUAACCGUUUUUGAUCUUCCAAAGAAGAAGAGCAUUGGAGAAAAAAAUCCAUUUUUAUUCUACUUUAGUGAAAUCAGAAGAUUCUUUUUAAUCUUUGGCUCCACGUACGGAACUUUUUUGGGGAAAUAAACGGAGAAAGGGGUCUGUACACAAUAUUUCUACGUAUAUGUACACCACUAAACGACAAUUGCAUACUGAUGGUCAGAAUGCGACUGAUCCGUAAAUCCGCCUUCAGAUUAGAGGUUUAGCCCAGUUAGACCAGUUCAAGAAGAUUUGGCAAAACAAGCAAUGGCAGUGAUUUGUUAAAAUUUGUAGGAUCAACUGUCUUUAAUAUUAUUUAGCAUUUUAAUAUUGCUUAGCAUUUUUUGUUCGAGAAUUGCUGACCGCUUAGCAUAUUUUUGCUGAUCAAUUCAGCAAAAAUUUUCUGAAAAACUUCAGAUUUCAUUUUCAAUGAAAUUUGAUUUUCUUCAACUAUAGCGUUUAACAAUGUUUUAAGGUCAAUGCUGAAAUAAAUGAUCAGCAUUGUUCUCCAGUUCAAUCACAUUUUUCCCCCUUGACUUGCUUAGGUUUUGCCUUUUCCCUUCCCAAGUGGCACAGUAUGACUAGAUCCCCAUUACUUAGCCCUAAAGAUGUCAUUUAAACGUUUGUAACGCUAAGUCAGUAUAAUGACCAAAAUUUUACUAGUUUGACAGCUAUCAAAAUGAAGGUUAGUUGAGUGUCGAAGUGCCGACAUCACGAUGACCAUUUAUCGUGUCGAGCUAAUCAUUAAAAUGAAAGAUCAAAAGAGGAAAUUUUUCAUUUUUGAGGCAACAACAGAACUAGUGAUUCCCAACCCAUAAAUUUAACCCAAAUGGAGACAGGAAAAAUUCCUGCAUCCACCCAGGCUUGAACUGGAGGCCUUUCGUUGUCUAGGCGAAUGCUCUACCAACUGAGCUAUGGAGGCACUGGCUCUGAUUGUUUUUGCCACUGAUCUCAACCAAUUGCCAUGUGCACUUCAACUCGUUUUCGACUCACUACGAGCUUUCAUAAACGGUAUCAUGCAUACAAUUGAACCAGCAGCUCACGUUUUCUAUAAAUGAAAAACAUGGGCUGCUGCUUCAAUUGUACAUAUGAUACAGUUUAUCAAAGCUCAUAGUAAGUCAAAAACGAGUUGAAGUGCGUGAAGUGCACAUGGCAAUUGGUUGAGAUCAGUGGCAAAGAUCCAUCGUAAAAUCCUCCUGUCAAACGCGGCAAUGAGUUCGCAAUUUUAUUUAUUGAGGGCCCAUCUUUCAAAUGUAUACGUGAGUACUGUCAGAAUUUUGUUUAAAAUCUGUAGUCAUCAAAGAAGAUCCCGGUUACAAAGUCUUACAUCAUCUUGUUUUUUAUUGAUUUCCCCAAUUAUCUGCCAUAUGACUUUUAAAUGACUAAGAUAUGACUAAUGGCCUCCACAUACUACAGAAAUUUACGCCCAUAUUGAAGCAAAUUGCCUACGCUUGUGUAGGAAAAACUCCUAAAUAUUGACGUGAAUUUAUUUACUGUGUAGAGGCCAUAACUCAAAAUGUCAGACUCUUACUAAAAAUUUACGUCGUAAGGACCAGUUUUUGCUACUUGGGGUAUAUAAAUUCUAACUUUUAAAUUAAAGUUUUCUACGUCACUUCCAUUACGUAGCAUGAGAUUCAAAGGAAGAUGAUUGGUUUUACGUAAAAAAGUUCCAUGCUGAAGCCACUAAAAUAAAAAAGAAGAAUUUCAAAAUGCUCUUUUUCACUAAAAUCCCUUCCAUUAAUUCCAUAGAAAUUCAUUGUAAAUUUACGUUUCAAUUUGUUUUUUUUUUAAACUAACUAAAUUAGUGUGAUAAGAAAUUGUGUUUCAGGAGAAGAUUCACUGUGUGAAAACUUUGGUAUAAUUGUUGGAGAAGUUGUUGAAAUUUAAAAUCAAACUGAAUGAUGCAUAAAAAAAUGUGUAAAAGUGUGCAUGAAAAUUAAGCGUGUUGCGACAGAGACAGAAAAAAAUUGCGUCAAAUUGUUUAUUUCCGUUGCAAUGGACAAUAUAUCGUGUGAAAGGUAAGAUAUCGAAUUUGCGUACAAAACUUUGAUAAAUUUGUGUAUUUUUUCUCCUUUACCACAACUAGCAAAAUGACUUGUUUUCUGUGAGUAUGUGUCAUUCGUGCUAAAAGUGAUAAUAAGGUGUAUGUGCGAGUUUAUUGAUUCCUAUAUUUUCAGGAUGAAUAUUUCAAAUGAGCUUUGAUGAUAAAACCUUUAGUGAAUACAAAAAAGAAGUGUGAAUGGUGAUAAACUUCCAAUCACAUCAAAUCAUUUUAUAGAAUGUGAAAGAAAAGAAAAAUAUAUUUCCAAAAAAAAAAAGAAA